AUGGACAUUUUCGGAAUCUGUAUUUUGGCGGUGGGCGGCGGGGCAUCAGCGACGUACUAUGCUUGCUAUUGUAACGAAACGACGCGAUGCAUUUACUGGGCACUCAAUCUGGGAGCUGGAGUGGCUGCAGCGGUCACUCUUUUUGACACUGGUGGUGGCGGCAGCAAGAUGCGAACCCUUCGUGGCGGCGUCUUCUCCCUACUUGCAAUCUCAGCAAUGCUACCGGUAUUCCAACGCAUUGGCUCGCUGGGUUGGAAGGAAGCAUGUCAUCAGAUUGGGGCACAGUGGUAUCUUGCCGAAGCCCUUUCUCUGCUGCUUGGUGUUGGCUUGUUUGUUGGCCGACUUCCCGAAAAAUUGAGUCCAGGAUCUUUCGACAUCUGGGGCCACUCUCAUCAAAUGUUCCAUAUUUCCGCUUUGACUGGCACAGCCUUCCAUCUUGCUGCCCUCAUUACAGGAUACAAAUACCGCCAGGCAUAUCCGCGUUGUUGAAUUUCGGAUGGCCUAAGUGUCUGAUCUCGAAUUUUCACUACGAACUAAUCACCGUGAAGGGGACCUGGAAGGAAUGCUGAGGUACUAAGAGCUGCAGUGAAGCUAGUGAGGCGAAAGCGGGCGUGAGAGUGAGUGUCGGGUGAGCAAGAUUCAGGGACUCCUAAGCCGAGGGUAGGGGACCUAACCUGGCCGCUUUCGCCUGACUAUCUACGUACAAUGACAUCCUCGAGGCAUCAGCGGUCUACUAUACAGUAACCAUCAACGCGCAGGGUGAAAUUUUCCGAAGUGGUCGAGUGUGCUUCCAGAGCCUUCCUUGACUUGAAGGGGCGGUGAUUGCUUCACUGUAACAGCUGAGAAACAUCCACGGUUACAUACAGACGUAGUCGCCAGGGUGCAGGUAAGGGUGGAGGACCACCCUAAAACUCAUCGCCAGAACUCGUCCCUACCCGUACUGUUACGUGGUCUCCACCCAUCGUCAAGUAAU